GGUUAGCUAAUCAAUAAUAAAUCAGGAAAAUUCAAAGGAUCUCUUGAAAACAUUCUUUGUUGAGCAAAUUGGUUGAGCAAAGUGAAUGCAACCCUAACAAUAUCAGGUCAAUGACAGUCGGGAAAGACCCAUUCCGAGCCCAGAUUGUUUCUUUUUAAACAAAAUCAAACAGCACUUGAUCAAUAGUUCGAAAUACCAUUCUCGAACCUUGAACUUCCCAUCGUCAAAGAAAAGCCACCAACAACAACCUUGGUGUAUGAUGGAUUCAUCAAAGUCCCAAGUCCUCAUAGAUUUGUGCUUUACAAAUUUUUCUUGCUUCCCUAAAGAGGUACAGCUUGAAAUUUGGUUCCAAGCGCUUCCAGAAGGACAACUCGUCUACCAUGAUCCUCUUGGGCCAUUCCAACCACCAAAGCCCUCCGCCUUGUACUACGCCUGUCUCGACUCUCGCGACGUUUAUCUUAAGCACUACAAGCAACUAUACCUUCACGAUUACGCCUGUUUGUUUGCGGAGAUCGGUAGAGAAACAUAUCCUUCGUUCUACAACCCAAUAAAGGAUACACUUGUAUACACGUGUACGAAUCACCUCUUACUUCAACAAAUCUGCGAAUGCUGUAGCACAGAGAAGAACCUGCGCUCUCAAGCUCGUUACAUCGCCUUUGUAGCUGAUCGAAAAUGCUUUAGUCCACCCGGAUUACCUACAUCGCACAAUUCCAGAUAUAGGCCAUUGGCUAUCUCACCAGAAUUUGGAUUUGGACUUUGGAAGUAUAUGUACGAACAUUUCCUCUACGUCAAUCCCGUCGUUGAAUCGGUUACUUACGUGGUUGGAAGGAGGACAAUCGAGAGGACGGCUGUAGUAUACCCUCAGUUAAAGUUGGUAAUGACGCUCAAAGAGUUCGGAGAGCAACGAUUGAGUCGGUGGAAGUACUGCAACAAUAUCGCGAAGAAGUACCAUGAACGUACGAUCAACGAGAUUCGCAGUGGUUUCGAGAAGUGGAAAGAGAUACACCCGGAAGUGAAAAUUCCGCGAAUCGAGAUGGCGUUCCCGAAGAAACAAUACACGUCAAAAUAGAAGAUUGAUAAGGGUUCGUUCUUGAGAUUGGACACGGGGCUCUAUACUCAUUCUUGUUCAUUAGGUAUCGAGGUGAAACGGAGAGACGGGGAUGGAGAUUACUUAUAAAGCUUCUGGAAAUGGGAUUGUCCGCUUUUCUUCGAUAAAUGAUCCUAAGUUAUGGAAGCAGAUGAUAUCACAGUCGAGGCACCGAGGAUAGUGCAUUGAAAUCCAAGAACGAGGAAUAUCAAUGAGUGGCUGUUUGACUCAAGGGUUGGGAUUCUUGAUGAAGGACUAGGUUGCAUACGGUCGUUCUCCAUCCAUCUGCUAGGGUAGAAGUCUGCAGACGCAAGAAAGAUAUAUUCAAACCCACAAUCGCUUUUUGACCGUGAUAAACACACAGCCCUGGAACAGUCAUUGUACCAAUAGUAAAAAACUCCCAAUCAAGAAUCCCGUAUGGCGAUGGCGAUUUCA